GUUAUGUUACGUAUUUGUUAUUAGCUUGUUUGUAAUUUUAUCAAUUUUAAAAAAGAAAUUUUUAUUGAAGAAAUGAUUAGACCAAAAUUGCCGUACCAUGGCGGAUCCGAAUAAAGUAGAACGCCGGAACACGGGUAGUCUGAGUCGAAAUAGUACUAGAUCGCCAUCAUUGGGUCGGCAAAGGAAAGUAGAAACUCCUCUCAUCUCGGAAUUUCAUCUUAUCAAGACAAUAGGGCACGGUACUUACGGUAGGGUGGUGCAAGCCUACCAUAAAGGAACGGGGAAAUACUACGCGAUAAAGAUCAUGUCCAAGCAGAAAAUCUACGAUUCAAAGCAUAUAAGAAACUUGCUGAACGAAAAAAAUAUCAUGUCCGCCUUGAGAUUCGAAUUCAUAACUCCGCUAAAAUUGUUUUUCCAGGACAACAGCUACUUGUAUUUUGUCCUGCCGUUUCUGCCUGGAGGGGAUCUGUACUUUCACCUCAAACGGUUCAUGAAGUUCCCCGAGCCCCUGGCUAAGUUUUACAUAUGCCAACUAGUUCUGGCUCUGGAGUACUUGCAUUCGCUGGAUCUGGUCCACCGAGACGUGAAGCCGGAAAACAUCAUCUUGGACGUCGAAGGUUUCAUCAAGCUGACCGAUUUCGGGUUUUGCAAACAAGUACUGGGAAGGACGUAUACCAUCUGCGGCACCCCGGAGUACUUGGCACCAGAAUUACUUUCCGGGAAGGGUUACGGGAAAGCGGUCGACUGGUGGUCCAUGGGGGUGAUGUUGUUUGAGCUAGUCCAUGGAUUGACGCCCUUUGUCCAGAGCGACGUCGAAGCCACUUAUGCGCAGAUACAGACAGGCGAGUACACGAUGCCCAGCCAUUUCUCUGUCGACCUCCAAGAUCUCAUCAACCGACUCCUUCAGAGCCAGCCGUCGAAAAGGAUCGGCAACUACAAACGAGGAGCCAAGGAUAUUAAAAAUCAUCCGUUUUUCAACGAAAUUGUCUGGAGGGACAUUUUAACGAAAAAUGUCGUACCGCCGUACAGGCCGUACCUCAAGAAUCCGAACGACACCUCCUACUUCAACACGUUCGACAAGGAAGAGCCUGUUUACAUUGCUGCCACAAAUAAAUUCGGCGAUUAUUUCAACGAUUUCGACUCCUGAUCGCUGUUUCCCAUCAGAGAAAAGUGCUAGCGGAGAAAGUUUUUCUCACGAAAAUCACUUCUCUUUGUAGAAAGAAGUUCGAUCAACACAAACCGCGAAAUUCUAUGAGGUCCGACAAUACAAUAAAAUGUGUACAUAAAAA